AAUACGAAAAAACCCUACACACAAUAAUCAUCUUCAACUAGUCAACUCUUUCUCUCUCAUCCUCCGUUCUCUUUCUCUCUCUAGAUUUUUUCCAGGUAUAUGAGUUUUUCAGUGGAGAUUUAGUAACAGUUAUGGCGGCGGAGAGUUCAUCGGCCAGAUCUAGUGGAUCGUCGGCGGAUUCGUACAUCGGUAGUUUGAUUAGCUUGACUUCGAAGAGUGAGAUCCGGUAUGAAGGCAUUCUCUAUAACAUCAACACUGAUGAGUCCAGUAUCGGUCUACGCAAUGUAAGAUCAUUUGGAACAGAGGGAAGAAAAAAGGAUGGGCCUCAAGUACCUCCAAGUGACAAGACUUAUGAAUACAUACUUUUUCGUGGAAGUGAUAUCAAGGAUUUACAAGUUAAGUCUUCGCCACCUCUUCAACCUACACCACCUAUAAAUAACGACCCAGCUAUUAUACAGUCUCACUAUCCUCGACCACCUACCACAUCGGCAAGUUUACCUGCUGCUGUUGGUGGAUCUUUGACUGAUCUAAGUUCCCAUUCUGCACAGCCGGGACAUCCUGGCUCAACAUUCCAAAGUGGCCUGCCUUUGUAUCAACCUGGAGGUAAUAUGGGAUCUUGGGGUCCAUCUCCUCCCCCUCCAAAUGCCGGUGCUGGUGGACUUGCUAUGCCAAUGUAUUGGCAAGGUUUUUAUGGUGCACCCAAUGGAUUACCACAAAUGCAGCAACAAUCUUUGCUUCGUCCUCCUCCUGGACUUGCCAUGCCUCCUUCCAUGCCGCAGAUGCAGUUUUCUGGUUUCAAUUCGUCUUUGCCAACUGGAGGAUCAAGCCUACAGGCGCCAAACUUCCCAGAAUACCCUUCUUCAUUGAUGCCAACAACUACUAGUUUAACCUCUAGUUCUUUACCUGCUGCUACUUUGCCUUCAACUGUGCCAUCGCUGCAACCUGUGGUACCUGUGACUGAAACAAUAUCCAGUGCAAUUUCAAAGAAGGCUUCUGUUUCUGCUAUGCCCACUUCGACAUUAAGUGCUAGUUUACCGACUUUGCCUCCUUUGUCAACAAGUCCUGAUGUAAAUCCCGUUGUUCUGCCAGUAUCUAAUAAACCUAAUCCAGUACCUAGCCCAGCUUUGUCUCAAUCGGUAUCUACUAUUGUGGAGACACCCACACCGUCGCUGAUAACUCCAGGGCAGCUGCUGCAAUCUGGACCAAUUGAUGUUCCAUCAACUCAAUCUAUGCAGACAUCUCAAAGAGAUGUAGAAGUGGUUCAAGUAUUGCCUGCACCAUCUUCAGAACCUCCAGCCCCUGCUAAAACAGAAGCUCAGCCACCAAUAUUACCAUUACCAUCCCAGACGCGUGUGCAGAAGACAAAUGGAGCUCCAUAUCAGCCGCGUUAUGUCAACUACAGAGGGCGUGGUGGAAGAGGAAUGGGGGUUUCUAGACCAGUAACAAAGUUCGAAGAAGAUUUUGAUUUUAUGGCCAUGAAUGAGAAGUUCAAGAAAGAUGAAGUAUGGGGCCAUCUUGGCAAAAGUAACAGAGAAGGAGAUGGAAAUGACAGUGAUGAGGAUAUCUCUUACAACGAAUAUGAGGAUGAUCUUCCUAAGAUUGAUGUCCAGCCUGUUUACAAUAAGGAUGACUUUUUCGACUCUUUGUCAAGUAAUGCACUUGACCAUGACUCAAAUCAUGGAAGGACCAGGUUCUCCGAGCAAAGGAAGAUAGAUGUUGAGACAUUCGGAGAUUUCUCAAGAUACAGGGGCGGCCGGGGUGGUCGUGGUCCUGGACGUGGUGGACGUUCUCGAGGUUCAUAUUAUGGAAGAGGUGGAGGUGGAUAUGGAUAUGGAUAUGGAAACGGAAACGGGAAUGGAAAUGGAUAUGGUUAUGGUUAUGGUGGUGGUAGGGGCAGAGGCCGUGGUGUGCCAUCCCGUACUUUGUAAAAGCAUAGGUGUAUUAUCAAGGUUGAGCUAGAAGCAAAUAUCUGCCUCUUUUAGGCAAGGAUAUUGUUAGUACUAUCUAAUCCUGUAACUUUUGUGCAUCUUUUGUCUGCGUUUCCGAAGAAUAAAUUCAGGCUGUAAACGUAUGUUCAGUUUUCUUUCCUUGGGCUAUAGAGCUCAUUUUUCUAGCUGCAAAUUUCACAAUCACAAUGGCUGGCUGUAGUCAUUGGAUGUAAUUUGCUUGUCGAUUGCAAUGUGAAAAUUUGACAUUUCCCAUUUUCCUUGAGUAAUUUUCUUGUACAACUCCAGCUUUGAACAAGUUUUUU